CAAAAAUAGUUGCUGGAUCUGGAAUGGUACAUGAGAGAUGCAUGGAGCAAAGUAUUUUUGGAUGGGACGGCAAAAAAAGGCCAGGCUGCCUGAAAACAGCGAAGGCUCCAAAGAUUCGGACAGCUCCGCCGGUCGCAGGGGCAGCGCGAGCCGGAAGCAUGGGCGGUGGAAGGGCCGCCCGGAAAGCCCUGGAGUGCUGGUGGCCAAGGUGGUGAGAGCCGUCACUGCAAAACACAAACCUGGGCGAAGGCUCCCGGCAGCCCGGGACGACUCGAGCAAGAGGAACCGGACAGAGCUGCGUGGGGAUGCCCAGCUGGCCAUCUUCCAGCACGGCGACACGGGCAGCGUGGAGGGGGCUCCCCAGCCCACCGAGAACAGCUUCGCCCCCAAGUGUGAGAUCACGGGCAAAGACGCCCUGUCGGCGCUAGCGAGAGCCAGCACCAAGCAGUGCCAGCAGGAGAUCGCCAAUGUGGUGUGCCUGCACCAGGCAGGGAAUCUGAUGCCCCGCUCUGUGCCUCGGCACUGCCAGUUGUCAGGGAAAGUCAGCCCUGUGAUCCAGUGGGACGAGAGCAAGACGCACCAGGCCUCCGUGAGCAAGCCGGUCCGGAUCGCGUACAUGCUGGUCGUUCACGGGAGGGCCAUCCGCCAGUUGAAGCGGCUCAUCAAGGCUGUGUACCACCAGCAGCACUUCUUCUACAUCCAUGUCGACAAGCGCUCCAACUACCUGCACCACGAGGCCCUGGAGCUGGCCCAGCACUACCCCAACAUCCGGGUCACGCCCUGGCGCAUGGUCACCAUCUGGGGCGGCGCUAGCUUGCUGAAGAUGUACCUGCGCAGCAUGAAGGACCUGCUGGAGAUCACAGACUGGCCCUGGGACUAUUUCAUCAACCUGAGCGCCACUGACUACCCGACCAGGACCAAUGAGGAACUGGUGAUGUUCUUGUCCAAAUACCGAGAUAAGAACUUCCUGAAGUCUCACGGCCGAGACAAUGCCAGGUUCAUUAAGAAGCAGGGCCUGGACCGCCUAUUCCACGAGUGCGACUCUCACAUGUGGCGGCUGGGCGAGCGGCAGAUCCCGGAGGGCAUCGUGGUGGACGGCGGCUCGGACUGGUUCGCACUGACGCGGAGAUUUGUGGAGUACGUGGUCUACACGGAGGACCAGCUGGUGUCCCAGCUGCGGCAGUUCUACACCUACACGCUUCUGCCAGCCGAGUCCUUUUUCCACACCAUCCUGGAGAACAGCCAUGCCUGCGAGACUCUCGUCGACAACAAUCUCCGGGUGACGAACUGGAACCGCAAGCUGGGCUGUAAGUGCCAAUAUAAACACAUAGUCGACUGGUGUGGGUGCUCCCCAAAUGACUUCAAACCCCAGGACUUCCUGCGGCUACAGCAACUCUCCAGACCCACGUUCUUUGCCAGGAAGUUUGAGUCGACGGUGAAUCAGGAAGUUCUAGAGAUCUUGGACUCUCACCUCUACGGUAACUACCCGCCCAACACGCCAGGCCUCAAGGCCUAUUGGGAGAACAUCUAUGACCGUGUGGAUGGGCUGAGCGGGCUCAGUGAUCUCAUCCUGACUGUGUACACAUCCUUCUCCAGGCUAGGACUGCAGAAAGUGACCUCAUCCCAGAUGCAGAGGGGAGAGAAACUCUGCAGAUUUGAGCCCCAUGGCUCCCCAUCUAGCGUGCACCUGUACUUCUACGACGACCGUUUCCAGGGUUACUUGGUGAUGCAGGAGGUGCAGAACUCUGGGACAGGGCAGGUGGAGUCUCUGGAGAUGUGGAUGAUGCCGCGCGGGGCUCUGAAGCUGGCAGGUCACGGAGGACAAACUAACCGGCUACAGAACCUGGAGGUGGGCACGGAGUGGGAUCCCAAGGAGAGGAUCUUCCGAAAUUUCGGAGGCCUGAUUGGGCCUUUCGACGAGCCAGUGGCCAUGCAGAGAUGGUCCCGGGGGCCUAACCUCACCGCCACCGUGGUUUGGAUUGACCCCACCUACAUCAUCGCCACGUCUUACGACAUCACCGUGGAGGCGGAAGUGGAGUUCACGCAGUACAAGCCCCCUCUCAAUCGACCCCUGCGCCCUGGUGUCUGGACCAUUCGACUCCUCCAGUUCUGGGAGCCCCUCGGAGAGAACCAGUUCCUGGUGGUGCCACAGACCUUAAACCACAAACAGCCUGUCGGGAAAGAUGACAGCAGCUGGUUACAUGGGGGUCCCCCCCGCAAUGAGUAUAUGGAACAAAGCUUCCAGGGACUGGGUGGGAUUUUGAACCUGCCGCGCUCCGAUGAGGUGGAGAAGGAGGCCCUGCGGAAUGCGCAGCUGACGGGCAAGGCCCUGGAGGACUGGACGGACAGCAGCAUCGGCAGCUUCUGGUCGGUGGCGGAUCUCUGCGUGAGCAGCCCCUCCAGCUGCUCGUCCCUGGACAUGUGCAGCAAAACCUCCUGGAGUUCACUUUCCCCAGACCCCAAAUCAGAACUGGGGGCCAUCAAACCUGACGGGCGACUGAGGUAGCAGGGGCAACCUGGGGCAGAUAAAGCGGAACAAGGGAGCGUCUCCCACAGCGAAUGCGGGGGGGAGCACACGCGCCCCAAGGGGGAUUCUCUUGUCUGUCAUCCCGUGAAGUGGCACCUUAUUUACUCAGAGAGAGAGAAGAACCUUCAGGUGGCGGAAAAACUUUCCCGUUUUGUUUUGGGGGGAGGUGCUAGAACAGGAGUCCCACCCCAUCUCUCCCAGGAUUGGGCACUGAGUAGCCGGAGAGACCAUGCGGAAAUGCCAGUCAUGAGGGCAUACGGAGGUCACCGGCAGAUGGGAGGAGCGGCGUAUUUAUUGAAUCCGUGCAGGUGUGACUCAGAUGUUGGAGGGGGAGGGGAACCCAGCUGAUCUGCCAGUUCUGGGUUACCCCCGGCACACCCCCUGCCCUGCCCCUCCCCGUCCAUGGCUGAAUCUCUGGGGGAUCAGGACUCCUGCUGCUGAUCUUCCACAUUCCUGAGCGAUUGCUGGCAGAGAAAUGUGGGGACAAGGGUUUGUGGGGAGCACCAGAGGCAGGGGCUGUCCUGCCGGUGUCCUUGGAGAAGCUGCUACUGGCUUGAUGCCUGCAUCUCAUCCCCCUCCACCCUAUCCCCUUAGUUUGUAUUUUUAUAAAUAUAUAGAUAAAUAUAUAUGAAGCAAAGUGCAAUAGAGACACAGGCCCUUGUUGGCCAGGGAAUCUGUGACUCAUUUCCCCUUCACUGUAAUGUACUUUUGUUCUCUUGGUGGCUCAGCGGGGAGGGGGUUGAGUAUUUCAUUUCCUUGUGGUGGCUGCUGGAACUCAAACCUUGCUGUCCCUGGGUGAGGUCAGUUCCCCUCCUACUCGCCAUGGGGCGCUUCAUCAGGCAGGUUCUCUAGCAGCCAAGUGCCAAGGCUUCCUAGAGUGGGGCUGCCAACUGUGCCAAAUGUUCACACCUGCUGGUGUUUCUCGUGCAAUGGCUGGAGCUUGGGAAUGGGAAAGCAAAGCCCCAGGCUCACUCAGGUCAGUCCUCUAGUGGCUGAAGUCUGAGAGGUCCCAUUGAUUCCAUCGGCUUAGAGGGAGGUCCACCAGGGGCUGCGUGGGAGGAUGAAUUAACCCUCCCGUCCCUAUGAAGUUUCUGCCCUGCCCCAGAUGGGUGUUCAGAGCUGUAUCCAGUUAGCCCACUCGCUGGGCUCGGUGUGAAUUUCCCUCCCCGGGUUGGCAGAAACCCACAGCCUCUCCCCAUACCUGCCGUGGCUUCCACCGCGAAGAGCCAAGGCUUAGGCCAGCUUUGCCCAAUCUCUUCCUCUCGUUCAAGCCUGACUAAAGCAGAGUGCGACUUCCCCCUCUUCCAUGGGGACUAGAGACCAGUCUUCAGAAGCUGCCCAGACUGUAUGGGGAUGGGGCCUCAUAAGCUACCUACGUGACAUCCUCCUCCAAAGGGGGGCUCGUAGGAUCCUCCCCCCACAAGGUUCACACCACUUUCAAGACCCCCCUUUUGUUCAGUUCCUAGUCCUGGGCUGAUCUCAGUGGGUGGGUCCCAAAAGCUGAGACCCUGCUUGAAUUCGCCCAGUUGCAUGGUGGUGACGGGAGCUGGGGUAAGAUGAAUUCUCUGCCCUGCGGGUGAGCCUCUGUGUGCCAUAUUAUACUGCAGAGGGAAUGCACAGACCGACUGAGUCAGCAUAUUGCCCCUGCAAAGGAGCUGGGGAGCUAGACGCUAUUCAGUGGGAAUGAGCCCGUUUUUCAAAGUUCUGUCCCAGAUACGAACUUUCCCAGCAUUCAGGAAUGUUCUGCUGGGAGGUAUCGACGUGACCUCUUCUAGGGUGCGAGCUCACAGGUGUUUCUCCAAAACCUGGGGUGUUUCUGGAUCAGAGGGGCUGAUGUGGGUUCAUCUCUGGUUUUAAUUUGAUCAUCUCCCCGGGUCUGGUUUAAGUAGCGUGAAAGUGCUGAAGGGAACAUGUUGUAAGAUAAGUUCCUUCUCUAGCCAAAUGGGUCUCCUCAGACCCACAGCGGUCAGAGACCUCCAUACCCCUCUGACAGAUGAUCCCAGUGGGGACUGAGACGACGCAUGUGCUUAUGCCCCACCGCCUCUGUCCCCUCACUUUUAGGUGGGCAUGUGGGGCAGUAGCACUAUGGCUGGGAAGGGACUUGUCCUGGAACAUGUUCUGUGUUCACAAGUAAACCUGUGGGUUGGAAAUAAGUGGGAGAAACUAUGCAGGGCUUGGCCCCUGUUCCAAAGAGGUAACGCUGAAAGCUUUGUGUCAGAAGCAUUAUGUAAAGUUGUCUUAAAUAUGCAACACCACCACAAAUAUAGCUGUAUCUCUAUGGCACUGUGCGUCAGUUCUUCCUGCGCAGCCUGGAAAUGCCGCCAGGGUUCCUAUGGAGAUGCGAUCCAGAGCCAGAUCAGCUGGCCCCAUCCAUCCUGCUGUCCUGGGGAACCCCUUGAGGGACUGACACUCACUUCCUCUGUUUCAGUCCCUUUUUUUAAACAUCUGCUCAUUCUCUUGACUGAGGCUGUAGGGGGGCACAGAAGAAAAUGCAAGUCUGGAACAGCUUUGCACAGCAGCCUCUGUUAAUGUCUUCCUCAAAGACUGGAAACUCACUGCGUGUUAUUUAGGGAAUUUCAGCAUCCAUCAGUCACCCAUUUCAGGAAGCCUCCUUCUGUAGCUCUCCCUGCUACCCACCCAGUGCUGUUUGCCUCUCCGAUUUUUUUUUUCAUUACGGUUUUGUUCCCUGGGCACCUGCUGCUUCUGCAUCUGGCCGUUGCUUGAGGCCUGACUUGAACCCAAGAGGCAAGCUGCAUGUGGGGUUGGGCACUUUGGAAGCGGUGGGAUGAGAAUUGCUGGCUCAGUAUGCCUCUGGGGGCAGAGGUGGAGAUUUUACGCUAUGCAGUGUUUCCCCACCGCCAUUUGCUCCCUAAUAAUAUUCAGUGGGGACAGGGGCCACAUAAAAACGUAUGUUCAUAGAGUUGAGGAUCAUUGGCAGGACCUUGGUAGCGUUGGGUUCUAUUCUGCGCCAUACACAGACUCCUUGGGACCUUGUACAAGUCAUUUCACACAUUAGUGACUUGGUUUCCCUGAGCGUAGACUGGCAAUAAUGCUCCUGACAAUAUUUCACGUGCAAGUGUGGAGUGAGGCUUGAUUCCUAAAUGUUUAUCAGCAGGUCGAACUUGUCCAAGGGAAGUGCUGGCUCCUAUUAAUACAUUCAUAUCCCCUUUCUUAGCCACCCUCUACGUUGCUACACCCAAGAGUGCAUAGAGCUGGCUGCCUGCCUGAACUGUGCCAGAACCGUCUCUUAAUGAGUCUGAGGAGAGCUGAUAGAGGAAAUGCUCCAUGGUUUCAAAGCAUUCUGGAACCAGACUAUGUAACAGCACCACAGAGACCAUUCCCAUUGAAUGGGUAAAUAACACCAGAUGCAUUAAACAAAAGCUGCUUCUGCGUUUUUCCCAUGUAUUUGCUUGAUCUUCGGUGCGUAGCUACAGCCGAAGCUACUCUGCCCCAGCGUAUCCUUGUGUUCCUUCCUGGUUUUGAAUGGGAACUAGUUCAAGAGUCGGUCCUUUAAACAUGCUGCCCACGUUCCCUCUGGCUAAGAUGUGGAGGAAGUUUCUUGGGUGGAUUUAAAAGCUGUCUGGGGUGCAUUUUCUCUGCCAGUGCUGUGACUUCAUUUUUAUUAUUGUGUUACAGCAGCACCAAGUGGCUUUAACUGAGAUCUGAUCCCCAGUGUACCAAGUGCUUUAGUGUGGGUUUGUACAAGCAGAUGCUGCCCUGAAGAUCUUACAGUCUAACUCGGCAGCCACAGGGUGGGAGGAGAAGCGGAAGCA